CUAAUGCUCAUCCUUGACGUUAAGACUUGCUGGUCCUCUAUGCAUCAAAUGCUAAAUCGUGCUUAUGUGUAUAGACAAGCAAUUCAAAGCUUUGUCCUCCUGCACGAAGACCUUCAUCCACUUAAGCUAGAUUUUGAUGACUGGAAGCUUAUCCAGUGUAUCAUAAUGUGGCUUUGUGAUUUCUGCCAGGCGACUACUUUCAUGUCCUUGACAAAGGACUCAGCAUUGUCUUCAGCAUUUGGAUGCUUUAUUGAACUACAGGAUAAGCUACGUCAAUUCUUACAAACACUACUGCCAGAUACUCCUACGUCACUUAAGUUGGGCCUGAAAAAUGCCCAUGGAGUUCUUGCAGAAUAUUUGUAUAAGUUCACUACUUCACUGUACUAUCUCUGGGCUGCUUUACUUGAUCCACGUAUUUCUUACUCGAGGCUAAGAGAGGAUGCAGGCAGUGAUACUAUACUACUUGAUCUUAUUGAAUCAGCUCGAGCAGGACUUGAAGAACACUACAAGCAGACAGACAAGCUCCUGGAAUAUUUCAACAUGAAGCAGGAAAGGUCAUGGGAUGCUGGCAAGCCUGUCAAGUGGUGGUCAGCUUGUUGUGCUCAAUUUCCUUGGUUGUCCUCCUUCACCCAUGAUAUUCACUGUAUCCCAGGGUCAGCAGUUGUGGUUGAACGAAUUUUUUCUGGUGGUUGUGAUACUAUUGCCUUGCACCAAGCAAGUUUACAGCCAGAAACAAUUAGCAGCCUUAUGCUGGUUAAGCAAUGGCUAAAGAGUAAAUAG